GCUAAGCUAUGGCAUGGAGAAAUCUCAUGUAUUUCAGUGGUAAUGUCUUGCUGUGAAUAGAAACCUACAAAGACAUAUUUUUUUCUAACAGUUGCUGCCAACUGUGAGUCAUUCCUACGCGUUCAGUUUUUUUCUAGCAGUUCUAGUUUUUUUUAGCAGUGCAGCCUUUCGAAAGUUCCAGGCUUACCCAACAUGUGGUGCUUCCAACCGAUGCCAGAUCCUGAAUGUUAUGCUACAGCGGUAACGUGGCAGUCGAUCCCUUUCCAAAGCCAAUACCAUGAUGGCAGUGCUGUCAUUAAACCUGAUUAUCCCCACUUGUCCAAAAAUGUUGCAAAGAAGUUUAUGCUUUACAGGUCCCUGUUUGAUUUAGUAAACUCUGUGUAUUGUCUGGAAUUGGAAGACAAGAGGUUGCUGACGUGGUACUCCAGCCUCUCAAAUGAGGAUAGGCGAAUAAUCCAGGACGAGGGAGGUCUUCAUCAGUUUCUUCUAAAUCAUCCUGCUCUUGAUAUCGCCAAGCCCAUAGGAAUAAUCCAUGUGAAACCACAGGUACGAAGAGCUGCUGAGGAGAUAGCUUCACAGUUCAACAAAUCCAGAUUGCCAGCAUUUCCUGUGCUGUCUCGAUGUAAAAACUGUGGGACAAGUUGUCCUUCAGAGUCUGAAACAUGCAGAGCCUGUUUUGUUCAUCCCCCAGCAGUUGAGGAGAGGAUGUGCUUGACAGAACAAAAGGGGGGGCCCACUGUAAUACUAAGCAAUGCCAGGGAGGAGCGAAAUAUGCUGACCAGUAGCAGCAUUGGGGUCAGGGGUGCCAACAGCCAUGGUGACCACCAGGUGGCUCAAGAUAGCUUCCAGUCAGCAUUUGACGACAGCCGCACUUCACUGACCUCUCCUGGCCCAAAAGGAGGCGCGUGUCCCCAGGCUCCACGCUUCUCCAAGGAGUGGCGAGAGGGUCGGAGCAGCGCUCCGAACGUAACCGCGAGCGCGUUCAAAGACACAUCAGCGCAGGCCAGCUUCUCCCUGGAUAUGGAGCUGGAGCGUCCGAGCAAGAUGGCCGAGGGGAGUUCCCCUCCAGACUAUUACAGCUUCAAGAGCAGCUUGUCCACCGAGCAGGCUAGGGUUGAGGCUCUCAUGGCCACAAGGGGCACCACUGAGCGCACAGAGAAUAGCCGGAUGUCACCCAGUACUGGGUUGUUCCCUAGUGAAAUCUCCGCGUCAUGCCAGAAGUACCCUUUGGAGUGUACCAACAUUGACCCUACCACUGGCAACAACCUGCAGAACGAGACCACAGUUGAUUGCAUCAUGAAGGAGUCUGUCAACUCUGAGCCAUGGCUCAACUGCUCAGGUCCUCCAGAGAAACCCCAUGCGUCUCCGUCUCAGAAACCACAUGUGGAUCUGCCCGUGAAGCUGGCAGCAGAAAAGGGCCAGCAAACCCCGUAUAAAGACGAGCAGUCAGUGGCCGAGUCCUUCAUGUCGAUCAGUCCAGAUAAGUCUGGAGUCCUACUGCCAGUAUCAGCGGCUCCUGCUACUGUGAACCAGAUGGUAGAUGCCAGUGGCGACUUCCGAGCCCGUUUCACGUCUACGCAGGAGUGUGAAGCCGCCCCAAGCACCACGGACGCCUCCACUGAGAUGGACUCUCCCUUGUGCUUUGAUCAAGACACCCAGACCUCACAGGUCUCCACUGCCGACAAGAGUGUCAUCACGGAGGUCCACAUAGCAGAUCUCAAUUACCUUACUAAGGAGUUUUUGAGACUGAAGUCAGUGGAAGAGGAACUGGAGCACCUGAAGGCCAGCCAGUUGGAUUCCAACAACACAAAAUGUGGGUGUGAGUGUGGUCAGAGGUUACAGCAGGCAGAUCUGAAGCUGUUGGCUCUGCAGUACUUCAUGUGCCAGGACCACUGCUGGAGGAGAUACUACACCUCAGCACAGGGGGAGAGCCAGCUGCAAUGCGCUGGUGUGGUCCCUGAGAGCUUAGCGGAGACUCUGCGGGCCCUGGAGCAGGAGUACACCCAGCUGAGGAGGCAGGUGCUGGCAGGGGCGUCUCUGGAGGAGUUGACCCCGCUCUCCGUAGACACCCACAGACUCCACACCGACGCACGCUACACCCCAGCACAGAAAAUGAAUGAAUAUCUGGAAGAGGAGACUCCACUUGAAUUUCAGUCUCAUCUUCAGAGUGAAACAGAUGACACACAAAAGCACUUCACUUCACUUGAAGGAGAAAAGCCUGCCACAAAUAUAGAAUCCCAGAAGGACGGCCAGGACAAGCCUGCAGUGCCACAUGCAGUGCCAGACACAAAGCCGGGCGUUGUUAAAAGCUGCACAGUGGUGUCUGUGAAGGCCCAGAAGUCCGACCCGUCCCAUGGACCCAGCAGACAGAGCAAGAGCUGCAAACCCCACCCUAAAUUAAAUUAGAAUUGAAUGAGGCGUUUAGUCCCAGCCUUUUGCCAAUUGCCUUUAGCCAUUUGUGCUCCAAGCAAAAGCAAGGGCUUGAGACAUAGCUACUCUUAAGGUGCUCUGUUCUUGUUGUAUUCAUCUUUACAGGUGGUUGUGAGGAGAAGGUGAAUGUCACCAGUGAGGCCUGGUUCG